UUCUUCUCCUAAUCCGCUCCGGAAACGCGACUGCGGACGGAAUUACUACGUGACCUCGACGCCGUAGCGUCCGCGCCGCCAGUCCUGAGUGCGUCGGCUUACGCAGGUCGGGGUUUUCUCUCCAGACUGCCUGGGCCUUGCCUCCGACUUCGAGAUGUACCACAACAGUAGCCAGAAGCGGCACUGGACUUUUGCCAGUGAGGAGCAGCUGGCGCGAUUGCGGGCCGACGCCAACCGCAAAUUCAAAUGCAAAGCAGUGGCGAACGGCAAGAUGCAGUGGGUACGGAGACGACGAGGCCAUCCAUCCCCGUAGUCCAGUGGCAGGUUCUUCCAAAUGACCCAGUCUUUCUUGAGCCUCAUGAAGAAAUGACACUCUGCAAGUAUUAUGAGAAAAGAUUAUUGGAAUUCUGUUCAGUGUUUAAGCCAGCAAUGCCAAGGUCUGUUGUGGGUACAGCUUGUAUGUAUUUCAAGCGCUUUUAUCUUAAUAACUCAGUAAUGGAAUAUCACCCCCGGAUAAUAAUGCUCACUUGUGCAUUUUUGGCCUGCAAAGUAGAUGAAUUCAAUGUAUCUAGUCCACAAUUUGUUGGAAAUCUGCGGGAGAGUCCUCUUGGACAAGAGAAGGCACUUGAACAGAUUUUGGAAUAUGAAUUACUUCUUAUACAGCAACUUAAUUUCCACCUUAUUGUCCACAAUCCUUAUAGACCCUUUGAGGGCUUUCUCAUUGAUUUAAAGACUCGCUAUCCCAUGUUGGAGAAUCCAGAGAUUUUGAGGAAAACAGCUGAUGACUUUCUUAAUAGAGUUGCAUUGACAGAUGCUCACCUUUUAUACACACCUUCCCAGAUUGCUCUCACUGCCAUUUUAUCUAGUGCAUCCAGAGCAGGAAUUUCUAUGGAAAGUUAUUUAUCAGAAAGUCUGAUGCUAAAAGAGAACAGAACUUGCUUGUCACAGGUAUUAGAUAUAAUGAAAAGCAUGAGGAACUUGGUAAAAAAAUAUGAACCACCCAGACCUGAAGAAGUUGCUGUUCUGAAACAGAAGUUGGAGAGAUGUCACUCUGCUGAGCUUGCACUUAACAUAAUUACGAAGAAGAGGAAAGGUUAUGAAGAUGAUGAUUAUGUCUCAAAGAAAUCCAAACAGGAGGUAUGUUCUCCAAAGGUAAAUUUGAAGUUAUUGUUGUUGUAUAUUCUGGUAGAAACAUAAUGUUAAGAUUUUAUUGUUCCAGAGUGUAAGCAUAGAGAGAGGUGUUGGGUAUUGGAAAGCUUUCUUUCUUUCUUUUUUUUUUUUUUCCCCCAUCCUUUAAGCACAGUAUCCAUUAUUACAGGAAUUUUUCUCACUUUCUCUGUCUUGGCCUGUUCUGAAGAGUAUAAUAGUUACUUGAUGAUGUAUUUUUUGAUCUUCAAGGAUUCUUCUCCUACCCUUGUUUUAAAAAAAAUUGUACCUGGCAUGUCAUAAAAAUAAUCAGGCAGAAAGUCACAACCGUAACAUUUAUUCCUGUUGCUGGACAAGUCUGGUGAGACCAUGCCAUAUUAUUAUAUAAACUGCUACAGAUUUUCCUGGUUUACUUUCUAUAAUCAGCAUAGUGAAAGGAGAACAUUUUCUUAAAGGGAGGCAAGAAGGUAAACAAUACUGGUUAUGCU